AUGUUUAACAUAAAUUUGCUUUCAACGCCUUCUUCUAGAGAACCUUCUCCUCAAGGCGACUCGUCCCCAACGUCUUCUGUAAAAUGUAAGAGGGAUAGAGACACUUUUUCCAGCUCACAGAACGAAUUCGACGGCAAAGUGUUUGGAGUUUCUUUGGAAGAUUCCCUGCGAGUCGCCCACGAAGAGGUGGCCAUCGAACAAAACAUUCACGAAUCUGAGUUCAUUCCGAUAUUAAUAGCGAAAAACGGGCAAUAUUUGAAAGAAAAUGCAUUAGACACAAUCGGGAUUUUCCGUAUCGCAGGUAGCAAUAAACGUGUUAAAGAACUGCAAAGUAUAUAUUCCAAACCAUCUGAUUUCGGCCGAAAUUUUGAAGGCUGGAGUGAUUUCAAUGUCCACGAUAUCGCAACUGUAUUAAAAAGAUACCUGAACGCAUUAAGUGAACCUUUAGUUCCAUUAGCAUUAUACGAUGUCUUCAGAAAUCCAAUUCUGCAAAACCCCCAAAUAGACGAAGGGAAGAAAGAAAUCAUCGAGGACUACAAAGACAUCUACAUGCUCUUACCACAACCAAACAGACACCUAAUACUAUAUUUAGUUGGGUUGCUGAGUUUGUUUGCGAAAAACGAAAAGAAAAACUUAAUGCCUGCAAGCAAUUUAGCGGCCAUUGUUCAGCCAUCAAUACUUUCUCAUCCCAAACACGAAAUGGACCCAAGGGAGUAUGAAGUCUCCAGGAUGGUCAUCGAGUUCCUCAUCACGCACGCUUCCGACAUAAUACCAAAUGAAGCAAAGUCAAACAAAAACGCCAGCCCCAAUUCAGGAAUGGUGGCGAAGUUUAGCAACGUAGUUGUUCCUGAAAUGGCCAUUGACUCCGAUGACGAAGAGCCCCCAAUGCCUUCAAUAGAUAACCACAUGCUGCCGAAGUCACGUGCGCACUCCGACUCGAACAAUUUCAUCCUGCAGCCUGCCGUAUCCUGCAGCCCCACCGACCUCGACAAGAACGGCCUCUCUGUACCAAGAACAUACAAGGGAAGAACCCUGAGUGCAGAAUCCCUUUCGCCCAAACUCGGCAAAUUGCUUGGCGGCCGCAGCAGCAAUAACGACCCCAGGGAGAGGAGUCCCAGAAGCGAAAACAAGACCAAGAACAAACAGCAUAGGCAGUCGUGGUUAAGAAGACUCACCAGCCCUUCUAGAACGGUCCCUUAG